CACGUGUCAUCGUUGUAGAGUGUCGUACGGCUAGAAUUGUGCUAGAAUUACCUUUGCCAACCGAUUUUCUAAAGCUACAUUGCAACAAAACCUACGUGCGUUGUAAUUCGCUGAUAGAAACGACCAGAGGUUCGCCAUUCUAUUGCCACAGGCCACUACGGGAACAAGCUUUAGAAAAUCGCCAGUACCAAUCUGGUCAAUAUGAAUACGAUUCCAGAAAAAUCCAUUCCUGAGAUGCACGGAAACAUCACAUCACACAUCGUACACACGCUCGACGAACAGCGGUCAGAUUGCGUAAAGUGCGAUCGUAUCAACGGUGAGGAAAGCAUGGUACAAUGUGAUAUUUGCCAAACUUGGUGGCACUUCGCAUGUGCUGGAGUAUCCGAUUCGAUUGAGAAUCGUGCCUGGUCGUGUGCCAACUGCCAGGUAGACGAAAUAGCCAGCGUCGCGUCUGGUUCACGUGCAUCCCAUACCUCCGGUAAAUCCGGAAACUCAGCCAGGAUAAAUCUGCAGCUUGAGAAGCUGGAGGAGCUCCAAGCAAUGCAGAAACGGUUCAUCGAGGAUAAAUACAAACUGCUGGAGUCUCAACUGGAGUUGGACGAAGAAAACGUUAGUGUUCGUAGCAAGAGUAGCCGAGUCAGUAAGCGCUCUAAAAUCGCCAAGGUCGUACAAUGGGUCAACAACUGUGCAGAGCAGUCGGAGACACCCCCAGAAAAAUCAACGGAAGCACGUCUCUCAACCAUGCCGCCAGCAUCGUCCAAUCGUACCGCACCUGCGACUACUACUGCGAUCGCCCCUGGGGUUCAGAAUUUAAUGCAGCCACCAAGCUCCAGCCUCCUGAGCCCAUUGAAACACCCUGCUCUGUCCAACCAACGAUCAGCAACAAUACAAAAGAUCUCCAUGCAAGUGCCAGAGGAUUCGAAAACAAUUCCGAAACAAGACAAAGCUAGAACUGGAGUCUUCAAUAAGAUUACCGGUACGGUGCCGUUGGCACAAUCCACCCCAACACAAACACAAUCCAGCGCAUUGUUGUUGGCGUGUUCGGAUACAAGGAACCCACAAACGACAUCAGUGGCUCAUCCGCCAGAAUCGUCGUCCGGUAUGCCGGAAAACCAACCAAUAUCAGCGUUAGCAUCUAUGCCGCCGGUAUUAGUUUCAUCGGCGCCACCCCAUCAGCACCUAUACCUCCAUUACUACUGCCCCGCUAUCUGCACCUGA